GUCAGUGUAUUUGCCUGUCUCUGCUUCAUUCUCUGUUGCAUUUUCAGGCGCGAGAACGGCGGACCUCACACCGAGCAUCCCUCUGGGACGGGCGGCUUAUCAUCGUCGCAGUCUCAAAUCUUCCGGCGCCAGGGGACGCCGGUGAUGGAGCGCCGGAGCAGCCCGUUCGACCAGGCCGGCCCGUCCGACCGGGCCGGCCCAUCCUCCUUCAACGACCGGCCCGUGGAGUUCAGCUUUGAGGAGCUCGCAGCUGCCACCAACAAUUUCUCCUGGGAGAACAUAAUUGGGGGUGGCAGCUUCGGCACCGUAUACAAGGGGAAGCUCAUCGACCGGCGUAAGGUUGCAAUUAAGCGGAAGGAGUGGAUGCCGCGCACGAACUCACAGAACAAGGAGCGAGUCUUCCAGUCGGUGGUCGACUCUCUCUCUCUCCUCCGCCACAAGAACGUGAUAGGGUUGGUGGGCUACUGCAAGGAGGAGGAGGAGCUCCUCCUGGUCUACGAGUAUAUGAAGAAUGGAACUCUCUACGACUAUCUCCACCCUAAGAACGGCGAAGAAUCCGGCGCGUUGAACUCAUGGAAGAGCAGGAUCACUGUCCUGCUCGACGCCGCACAGGGAAUAAAGUUCGUCCACAGCUUUACCGAGCCGCAGAUCAUCCACCGCGACAUCACGUCCUUGAACAUUUUGCUGGACGCGAACUGGGUCGCUCGGCUGUCGGGCUUCAGUUUCGCUGGGCCCGAGUCGGAGGAGGAAUUGUGGGCGCCGAGCAACGUCGGUUACAUGGACCCUGAAAACUACUGUUUCAAUUUACAGAGCGACGUCUACAGCUUCGGCAUUGUGAUGCUCGAGGUCCUCACCGGCCGCAAGGCCAUGGAAUAUGAUGACUGGAAACCCAUCAACAUUGUCGAACACGCCAUGCCUUUACUUGAGGCCGGCAAGUUGCUUGAUGCCCGAGUCGGACAACCCUUGCAGCAUGAGGCCAAGGCUGUGGAGCAGGUGCUGAAUAUCGCCGUCAGCUGCGUGGGCAAGGCGCACCUGCGGCCGAGCAUGACCGACAUUGUCUUCAACCUCGAAAGCGCCCUUGUCUCUCUUCAGUAGAGUCACACACCAUUUCCCGUUCCAACAUGUCAGACUGAGCAUUAGAUUUCCUUUUACUGUAAAUGCAUUCUUCAAAUUCAGCUCAGAAUUUUAAUAAUUGAUACCAAGUACUAUAUCUGUCCUAGGCAUCAUUUCUAUUACUUGAUGCCUUUUCCAA